UAACCUUCAUAAUUAAUUUCAGAUUCAACCAAAUUUAAUAUUAUCCAUGGAAGGUGUAUUGUCUAGAAAACGUAUCAAGGCCUGUUACAUUAGAUUAUAACACUCAUACCCAAUAGCUUAAUGUUAAAUUGAUUUGAGUUGGACUCCACAGAGCUUGUUAUUUUGUUGAUAUUUUUUUAAUGUCUGAAUUUUGAUUCUGCUCACAACGUACCGAUUGUUGUGACUGUUGCGAACUUCAAUGUACAUUAACUUGCAUCUUCAUCAAAGUCUGAAUAAUAUAAUUGUCAGUGAAUAGCGGGAUCACACCUGUUUCUUACUGAAGCUCUUCCCUGGAAUUUCACAUACCUGCUGCUUCAUAUUUUUCGUCGAGUUAUGGCGAAGGUAAAAGAGCAAUCAGUUUGAAUGACUACAAGUGGUAAUUACCAGAGUGCAGUUCCCAAGGAGGUUUAGAUAUGAGUGAAGUAUUUUCGAGGAUACGUGUUUACUUUAAGAAGUAUCCUCUCUUGAGAGGAGUAGCCACAUAUGCAAUCAUUUGGCCUGUAUCCAACCUGUGUCAGCAGACCAUUGCCGGAAAAGAGAAGUUUGAUUUUGUACAAGCUCUGCGGUAUAGUUUAUUUGGUGCAUUUUAUGUUGCACCUUCACUUCAUGGAUGGCUUAAGCUGUCUGGAACAAUGUGGCCACAGAUGAACAUGAAAACUGCAUUAACAAAGGCGGUAGUGGAACAGUUCAGUUAUGGUCCAUUUGCCAUGGUGUCGUUCUUUUUUGGAAUGAGUCUUUUGGAAGGAAAAUCAUGUAGUCAAGGUGCAAAUGAAGUUAGAGCAAAGUUUUGGCAAACAAUGCAAGUUGGUGUCUGUGUAUGGCCAGUUAUCCAGACUGUCAAUUUUGCCAUUAUACCAGAGCAGAAUCGUGUUAUUUUCGUUGGAUUCUGUAGCAUGAUGUGGACAUGCUUCCUAGCAUAUAUGAAGCAAUUAGAAACAAAGAAGUUAGAAAAAACACAUUGACAUAGAAAUAUUUAUAUAUUAAACAGAAUAUAAUUAUUGUAUAAUCUGGUAAGAUUAAAAUUUGAGCGUAUAUUUGCAUGCUCAUGCGUGCAUGCAUACAUGCAUGUGCAAAUCCUUGAUCCCAGCAUUUCCCAGAUUUGGCUGGGGAGCCCUUUUGAUCUUGAAAGGCAUGAGGGAUCCCCAGAUCAGCAAAAUGCUUAUGUAGAACACUUUUGUGUUAAUCUAAAAUCAAAGGAAAUUCUAAUCACACUUGAAGUUAUCAUAAUGAAACUGAAUUUAUUAAUUUGAAGGGAAGUUUAUUAUAUAUUUUAGUAUGUGACAACUUCACCCUUGGUCUUUUAGUAAUUACUGGAAUAAGAAGCCAUCCAUAAUAAUUUAUUUUAUAGAAUAGAUUAAAUGAUAUGGAUUCCCUUUCAUGUUUCUGCCCUUGGGGAAAUUAUAAGAGACAUGACAGUAACAGGAAAUUAGCUUUACACUUGUAGAUCAUAAAAUGUGGUUCACAAUUACAAAUUAUAAAAUAUUAUGAACAGUAUUUCAUGGAAGUUCUACAGUAAAAUUGUAUUUCUUUAGGUCAUCUAUGUAUGCAACAUACAGUCUCUAUUGCACAUUGCAUCUCCUGUUUUUUACAUGUUGUCAGGUUUUUGAUAAGUGAUGUUUUAUCACACUGAUGAUUUAGCUAACUGCUAGAACAGUAGUUGUCGCUAUCUUAUAUACCUCUGGAUAUACGUAAAAAAAAUAUGCUCUUCCAUGUAAUCAAUAUUGAGAUACAAAUUUAUUAAUCCAUAUUUUAUCUUGGUAAUUCAUUUGAAAGCCACAGAUUUCUCUCUGCUAUUAUGAACUUCAGAAUAAACCUUACAAUUGAUCAUGAUGACAAACUGCACAAAGCUUUUCACAUCAAAACAUUUGCUUACAGCUCAUUAAACAGUGAGAAAGAAACAAAUGACAGCUGUCCUGCAAGGAAAAUCAACAGGAGUAAGAAUAACACAUGCCCAACCAUAAUGAAAGAUCAACAACACCUGAAUAUAAUUGUAUAUCAUAAUGCUACAAUUAAGCUAAUAGGCACCCACCUGAAUAGUGUGUGUAUGUGUAUAUACUAGUGUAUAUAUAUAUAUUCAUUCAUCAGUAAUCUGUCAGACGUCAG